AUGGCAGGAAUGGGUUUCAGGUCGCAAAUACUUGAGAAUACGAGGUCAAAAUUACGCAGGCCGUUGCGAGCCGCUCAGCCAACACAGACGACGAAAGGUCAACAAUUUGGAACUUUUUACUGCGCCAAAAAUGUUUACCUUGCUAGCGCCCUUCCUACAAAGGCGCAGCGUGUCCACACUGAAGUUGGCCUUGGCUUUAUCCAACGGCUGCCUAACACCCAGGAGACGCAACCGUGCGAGUCUUACUCGGGGAGGGGCCGUGAAGGGCCGUACCGUCAGAACAUAAUGAAGAUUGAGAAAGCCAGAAACGUUGGGAAAAUUCGCAAGAUGUGCAAUGAGUUGGGAAGACCUAAGAUUCUACCGACAAACCCACGAUGUUCCAAGGUAACUAUGGUCCUCGCCAAUGCUGAUGGAACUCUUCUUGUUGAUCCGAAAUGUACGAAACUUCGGUGCAAUUUACUACUCACGAGAUCAUCAGAGUCGCCUCUCUUCAUGGCGGAUGCGAUCAUUGCUGUUGGUCUCGCGUCGCGAAGUUUACCAAACUCGCAGCGUCUCACUCAAUCCCUCCAUCGUGGAGGUUUGUCAUCAUUGACACGGGAACAAAGCCCUGCUUUCGUCGAGAGCUUGGCGGGGAAGAAGCAUGGGCGUUCCGGAAUCUGGAGUUGGUACUUAUCACUUAGUGGCAGAAUUGACAUUACGACGUUUGGUGAGAUAAUAAAGUCAAUUGGCAACGGCCGCCGGUUCGGCGCGUCCAGGCACGGGCUCCAGAGUCCAGCUUUUGGUUUUCGCCGGCCCAUUCUGUUGACAGCCCUAUCCCAGCCCCUCAAGCCCCGAAGACUCGAAAGUCAAAGCAACGAUAAAACCAACUGUCGACAGACGCACGUCCAGAUGCAUAAAUGUGGCACCUCACACAACACGCUUUUGAGCCUCAUCUUUUUCCGCUGCUGUUUCACGGCCCAUCCCAUCUACAUGUAUCCACAAGCCGCGCGAGAGUCGCAGGGUACUUCAUUGCACAUGAUCUUGGGAAUAAAAUACCAAAAAGAGGUCACGAAGAGGACCGUUAUUGGAUGCUUUGGCAUGAUCGCUUUCCUGGUACCGCCAUCUAUAAACAACAUUUGCUGUCAUCCCAUCAAAUGUCUUGGAACGGAUCCUGAUGAGACUCUCGUUUUACCAGGAGGCUGGCUUGAGGUUCCUGGAUACUCCGGAUCUCUUUAUGAUCGGAGAGAACUUCCAGAUUCUGCCGCGUGUAAAAAAUGGCCCGUCUUGCCUCUGCAAUUUCAAUCCAAACGUUUCCAUCUACUACCUUCCUCAUUCGAAGGCAAAUGCGCGUCCCAGUCCUCAAUGAAGAGACCAAAUACUGAUAUCAGAACAACUUAG